AUGGCCUUGACCGUCGUGGAAGAAGCACCCAAAGCGGCCAUCCCUGAACCAGAAACCAUUCAGCCUUCGCAGGAUGUUCUUGUGACGCCGUGUGAUCCUUGGCCUAGGCCGUAUUAUCUGGAGAAAGGCUUCCGUCGAGUUGCGCCCUAUCAUUACACCUACAACACUUAUUGCAAGGAGAGAUGGCGGGGGCGCAACCUACUCGAAAUAUUCACAACCGAGUUUCGAGACAGGCCUGCGGAAUAUUAUAAAGAGGCAAUUGAGUCCGGCCAUGUCGCUAUCAACGGUAAACCGGGCAACCUGGAUACAAGAGUGAUGAACGGCGACAUGGUCUCUCACACUCUUCACCGCCAUGAACCUCCAGUUACCAGCCUUCCGAUCGGAGUUAUCCACGAGGAUGAUAAGAUGAUUGUCAUUGAUAAGCCUGCCGGUGUCCCUGUUCAUCCCGCCGGGCGCUACAAUUACAAUUCCAUUAUCGAAAUAAUGCGCGCCGAGAGGGGGCAUAGCUUUAACCCUCGUCCAUGUAAUCGGCUUGACCGACUAACGUCAGGAGUCAUGUUUAUCGGCAAAGAUCCCAAAGCCGCGGAGAAGAUCGCGGAGGGACUUCGCGCACGAACAAUGCAAAAAGAAUACAUCGCUCGCGUAAAAGGCAAAUUCCCUGACGGAAUCAUCCUUUGCGACCAGCCAAUGCUCAAGAUCAGCCCACAACUUGGGCUAAAUCGAGUAAGGUCCUCAGGCAAGGAGGCCAAAACCAAGUUUCGGAGAUUAGCCUACUAUCCGCCAACCGCAGUAACUAAGAAGUCGUCGUCUGAAGAUGAACCUGCUACUCCGCCAGCAACCUUGCCCGACGAUGCCCCAAUGGAUUUCCCAAACAACAAUAACAAGGCUACGACUACUCCUGACGACGAAGGGUACAGCAUCGUCCACUGCUUGCCUCUCACGGGGCGCACUCAUCAAUUGCGUGUUCAUCUUCAAUUCCUCGGCCACCCCAUUACAAACGAUCCCAUUUACUCCAACCGGCGUGUUUUCGGCCGCGAUCUCGGAAAAGCAGACAACACAGGCGAACAUGACCAGGAAAUAAUAGCCCGGUUAUCCAAGAUGGGAAAAACUGAAACCGCCCAGACUAUCGGGGACCAUAGAUCAAAAAACUAUGAGACCUUCCAAACCCCUCCGCCAGAACAUAUGACCAAAGGCGGCGAUCCCAAUGUGAUCAAUGACCUCCUUGCUCGCGAGCAUGAUCUCAUGGUCAACGACUACCUGCGGCGCAAGGGCGAGAAGAUGAGCGGUGAAAAAUGCGAAGUCUGUGGCACAGACCUGUACACCGACCCUGGCGUACACGAGCUUGGAAUCUUCCUCCACGCAGUAUCGUAUUCGGACCUUGCUGGUGGCUGGAAGUACAGGAGCAAAAUGCCGAAUUGGGCCCUGCCCCCAGAAGGCCACGAUGGCCCAACAAGUGUGCCGGAAUGGACGGAGGAAGGGGAAGAUAUCAUUGUUGGUCGGGGGAAAACAGAGGGUGACACUGCGCUUGUGGAAGGAGUAGGAACAGUGGUUAUCUCUGAGAUAAUGGACAAGGAAAAAGCCGCAGGUGCUGAAGCGUCGUCGGCUAACGUUUGA